CGGACGGGGAAGUUCGGUAAACACCAAGCCUAAGCGGUCGUCUUGUGCUUGUGAGAAGAGUAGGAGGCAAAGAUGUCGGAGCGGAAGGUUUUAAACAAAUACUACCCGCCUGACUUUGACCCGUCCAAGAUCCCCAAGCUCAAGCUGCCCAAAGACCGGCAGUACGUGGUGCGGUUGAUGGCCCCCUUCAAUAUGAGAUGUAAGACGUGUGGGGAGUACAUCUACAAGGGCAAGAAGUUCAAUGCACGCAAAGAGACCGUGCAGAACGAGGCCUACCUGGGCCUGCCCAUCUUCCGCUUCUACAUCAAGUGCACGCGCUGCCUAGCAGAGAUCACCUUCAAGACAGACCCCGAGAACACAGACUACACCAUGGAGCACGGGGCCACGCGGAACUUCCAGGCCGAGAAGCUCCUGGAGGAGGAGGAGAAGAGGGUGCAGAAGGAGCGCGAGGACGAGGAGCUGAACAACCCCAUGAAGGUGCUGGAGAACCGAACCAAGGACUCGAAGCUGGAGAUGGAAGUGCUGGAGAACCUGCAGGAGCUCAAGGACCUGAACCAGCGGCAGGCGCACGUGGACUUCGAGGCCAUGCUGCGCCAGCACCGCCUGUCGGAGGAGGAGCGGCAGAAGCAGGAGCAGGAGGAGGACGAGAGGGAGACGGCGGCCUUGGUGGAGGAAUCCAGGAAGCGAAGGCUGCUGGAAGACUCGGAUUCAGAGGAGGAGGACGCCCCCGCCCCACCCCGGCCAGCCCUCCGACCCAACCCCACCGCUAUCCUGGACGAGGCCCCGAAAGCCAAGAGGAAGGCAGAGAGCUGGGAGCGGAGCGUCGGCACCCUUGGCAGCAGGCCCCAGCUGUCGGGCCUGGUCGUGGUGAAGAAAACAGACCUGGACCAGAGCGCCCGGCGGGACCCUGCCGCAUCCGCCCCUGGCGCCGUGCACAACGGGAAGGCAGCUGGCCCUGCCGCCCGGGCGCCCGGCUCCUCGUCCCUGAGCCAGCUCGGCGUGUAUUCGGACAGCGACGACAGCAGUGGCAGCAACUGAGCCCCAGCCGGGCCCUUCCCCGCAUCAGGGGUCCCGCAGCUCCAGCCGGUGGUCGGGAACAGAGGCCUUGGCACCGACCAGAGUCACAACCGGACGAGCACCAAUAUGGCCCGAGGGCGAUGGGGCCAGCAAGAAACUCGAUUCCUCUCCUGUCCCCCACCAGCAGCCUUCCAGACCUCGCGGCCCCUCGCUCACGCUGCCACUUCCUGGCCCCGAGUUCAGGGUGGGACAUCCUGGAGCAGCUCUGGCAGGGUUUCGCGGCCGUCUCUUGGACGGUCCUUGCGCUGUCAGCCAUGUUUCAGGGACGUGGGUGAGCCAUCUCCCACCCCUGCCCCAUCUCCAAACCGUCUGGAGUCAAUAAAAGGGACCCGCCGACCUGGCCUGGGCGCCCCCUCUCUGCCAGCGUCUGAGGAGGGGCCCCAGAACCGUGUCACUUAGCCAGUCCAGGACCCCUGACUCAGAAGCUACGAGACAACAAAUGUUGGCCGUUUAGGGCGUUAGGGUUGGGGCUAGUUUGUUACACCGCAGGCCAGCGCUCACGGGGUCCUGUGACCGGGAAACGUGGCCCCAAGCUCAGGGCCCCAAGGUUGCCGGGGUCACUGCGCCCCAGGCCUCUCCCCUCCGGGAUUCUCCAGCCCCGUCCCUGCCCCUGUGCCCCAGGGUGGCUCGCGUCUGCCCUCCUGUCACCCACACGCUCUCGCGUGGCAUCCAAUGCUGACGUUUUGUGCUGUUCAGUGUCAGAGUCUGGGGGAGGAAACGCCCCCACUUUCGGGACCCACUUCCCCGAAGUCAUUUCCCUGCUUGGGGACAACGGGAAGAGGUAGCCUGGGGUCCAGCCAUGGCUUCUGCUGACGACUUGGGGCCCCUCCCAGCUCCGCGGCUGCAAGACCCCAGGUCCUGGUUUGAAGCCGGCCAGUGGCGGGCGACACCUGCUCAGGCUGGCCGUGUCUCCCCGGUCCUGCCCUCAGCAGCGUUACACUUGUGGCUUAAAACUGGCCACAGCGAGAGUAUUUGCACCAGGGGACUCGGCAAACGCUAGAGUCAGGGCCCCCUCCAGGGAGCCAGCUGUGGAGCAUCUCCCGGCACAAUGCCUGUUGUCCCCAGACUCAGCGUCACGCACGGUGCCUGGAUGUGGUCCCUUCAGACUCUUGGUUAAAAGAAACAUCCGACUUAAGAGGUCGUGAGGAAGGGGGGGGGCUUGGGGCCUCCCUGGUCCCCGUGGGUUCCUUCCUUCAGGCUGCCCCCUAAGCCCCCGUGGUUCGGGAUCCACCCCAGUUUUUGCCACAAGCAUGUGCCAUCUGUCGCUGUCACUUACUGCCUAUUGUUAAAUGUCAGCCUAACUCCGUUCCAAAACACAGGUUAGCGAACUCCGAUCUGAGGGCCAGAUCCGACCCCCAGCUUGUUGUUGUCAAUAAAGUUUUAUUUGCACACGGA